AAACAAGAUGGAAAAGAAACUUUUUAUUUGUUUGGUUUUGUGCGAGUUUUUCAUUUUAGCGCACAGUGUAUUUUGGAGAUCGGGGAAAACGAGACGAUAUUACAUUGCUGCCGUAGAAGUGGAUUGGAAUUACGCACCUGAUGGAUUCAAUCUUGUGACGGAAGAUAUCAGUGUCGCGGCGACAAAGCUGAAUCACAGUGAAGAUAGAAUCGGAGCAGUUUAUAGGAAAGUUAUAUACAGACAGUUUACGGACGAGAGUUUCGAAAAUGAGAUUUCCUCCCCUCCAUACAUGGGUUAUCUUGGUCCAAUCAUGCGAGCGGAAAUAGGAGACACUCUUGAAAUUCACUUUAAGAACCUGGCUUCCGGUCGAAACUACAGCAUGCAUCCUCACGGUGUCUUAUAUGAUAAGCUUUCUGAAGGCGCUUUAUAUGUGGACGGUACCAAUCAAACGCAUAAGUUGGAUGACGGUGUGCCGCCAAACGGAAGUCAUAUAUAUACAUGGGAAAUCACAAAAAACUUCGGACCCACCGCAUAUGACGAAAACUGUGUGUCGUGGGCUUACCAUUCACACGUCAGCUCCGUAAAGGAUAUCAACACGGGAUUGGUUGGAUGUCUUCUCACAUGCCGACAAGGAAUUCUAAAUAAACGAGGAUUCCGAAAAGAUGUGGACAAAGAUUUUGUUAUCUACACCGAAAUCGUUGAUGAAAACGAAAGUUGGAAAAUAUUAGAAAAUCUAAACAAAUGUGACAAUACUUCAAACUGCCUGGAACUACAUCAAUUAAAAGAGUCUGGUUUUAUCGGAAGUAACCGCAUGCCCGCCAUCAAUGGUUACAUGUUUGGAAAUUUGCCAGAUUUAUCAGCACGAGAAGGCGACACGGUUGCAUGGCAUUUUAUGGGCAUGAAUGAGGGCAUGCGCGGUGUUACAAUCAAUGGCCAAACUUUCUCUUAUCGUCGAAAAAGACUGGAUACUAUUAGUAUUUUUCCUGCAACGUUUGUCUCUGCUAUUAUGAAAGUUACCUCCCCUGGACGAUGGCUGCUCCAAUCCAGAACAACAAAUGAAUACGAAGGUGGAAUGCAGGCUUUUUUCACUGUGGUGCAAAAUUAUCGACGUUACUUGUACCAAAAGCGUAGGAGACCAAAGAUAGAUCAGAAGUUCUUUCUGGCAGCCGAAGAAAGUGAUUGGGAUUAUGGGCCUACUGGAACGGAUACCAUUGAUGGAACUGACUUGUUAGCAAAUGGCAGUUUUUCGAAAAGAUACUUCAAAAAGGGUCCAAAGUUCAUCGGUGGAAUUUACAAAAAGGUGCGAUACGUACAAUAUACUGACUGUAAAUUUCAGACAAAAAUGAAACCUUCUUCUGAUUCGGAACACCUCGGUGUUCUAGGACCUAUGUUACGUGUUGCUGUUGGACAAAAAAUACAAGUGACUUUCCGGAACCUAGCCUCCCGAAACUAUUCUUUUUUACCACACGGUGUACAACUAGAUAAGGAUCAGGAGGGCGCUUUAUACAGAGGAAGUCCGUUAUCAACCGAUCUGACCGGCAAAUUUGCUGCUCCUGGGGAAACUGUGACUUACACAUUCACCGUGCCAUGGUCAGUGUCUCCGACCGGUGAUGACCCCAUGUGUAAUACCUACGUGUAUCACUCCGCUGUGGACCCAGUUAGGGAUAUACACUCAGGACUGAUGGGGCCAUUGUUGGUGUGUAAAGCAUGGAGUUUGGACAAACAUGGCAGACAGAAACACGUGGAAAAAGAUUUUGCAAUAUUCUACCUGACGAUUGACGAAAACAAAUCUUGGUACAUUGACGACAACAUCCGGGUACAUACCGAAGAUCCCGGCAGUGUCAACAAAGAAGAUCCGGAAUUUGUAGCAUCCAAUAGAAUGCAUUCAAUCAACGGUCGUAUGUAUGGAAACUUAAAAGGAUUGGACAUGUGCGUCGGUGAUGACGUCACAUGGCAUGUCGCUUCAGUGGGUGACUUUGUCAGUAUGCAUGGCACUUAUUUCCAUGGCAACACAAUGAAGAUCGAUGGUUCAAACAGAGCGUCAAAGGUCGUUAUACCUGGAUCCAGUUUUACUGGCGAAAUGACUCCCGAUAACGCAGGAGAUUGGCAGAUCGUGUGUAGAACUAACUUUCACUUCCGGACAGGCAUGCGUGUUCAAUAUCAUGUACAUGACUGCAAUGGAUAUCAUGACGUCAUUAAUGACGCUUACUGGAGAGGUGCCACAAGACAUUACUACAUUGCAGCAGUGAAUAUCACAUGGGAUUAUGCACCAGGAAACAUGGAUCUUAUAACCAGCCAUAACCUUAGCGACCCGAACAUCAAUGGUCACCUAUUUGUUAGGACAGAUAAUGGAUUUCUGGGAAGUACUCGUGAAAAAGUUGUUUACAGAGAGUAUACCGACGAAACAUUCUCUACCAUGAAAGUAAGAACACCGGAAGAGGAACACUUGGGAAUUCUGGGACCAGUGAUCAAAGCGGAAAUUUGGGACACGAUUAUCGUCACGUUUCGUAACUUCGCCGGUCGUCCUUAUUCAAUUCACGCACAUGGUGUAUAUUAUGACCAGAACGACGAUGGGGUAUUACAAGGUAAACCUAGCGACGACGCCGAAAACACUGUUAAUGACGGAACCGGAAACGGAGAUCAGGUGUAUCCUGGGAGAACACAUACUUACACGUGGCGAGUACCUCGGAGGGCAGGUCCAGCAAAAGACUACAGAGAACCGAACUGUGUUACCUGGAUAUAUUACUCUGGUGUAGAUACUAUCAAAGACAUGAACACUGGCUUAGUUGGACCGCUUGUGGUCUGCCGACGAGGCACUUUAGUUGAUGGUGAUACGACACGACGUGACGUCGACCGAGAAUUUGCCCUUUUAUUUAACGUUAUGGAUGAAAACGAAAGCUGGCUGCUAUCAGAAAAUAUACAAAAAUAUGGGUCAAAUGAAACCAACUUAAAUGAUACGCAAUUCAAACUAAGCAAUGAAAUGAACAUGAUAAACGGAAAGAUUUACGGAAAUUUACACGGUUUAAAUAUGGAAAUUGACGAGACAAUUGCUUGGUAUAUUCUUGGCUUGGGGUCCUCGUUUGAUAUCCACACUGUCCAUUUCCAUGGUCAGACAUUCCUUCAUCGUGAUAACGUCGUUCAUAGAGGAGAUGUAAUUGAGGUAUUCCCCGGAACUUACGAAACUAUUGAAAUGAAGACGGAUAACCCAGGGGUGUGGAUUCUUCACUGUCACCUCAAUGAUCACAUAAAUAUGGGCAUGGAGGCGACCUACAACAUCACAGAACAAACAACACAUAGAGGAAAUAACGGGUUCUUCAACUGGCUUGGCUGAAUACUCUUCUGGCUUCUAUGGCAACGUCUUCGAAAUGUCAAUAUGGAUUCCGUGAUUACAAUGCCGUUUUUUGUAUUGUUUGUUUUAUUAUUUCAAAUUUGCCGCUGAAUAUUUAAUGUUACUUUGUGGAUUUUUUGUUAAAAGAUUUUGCGAGUAAUUGUAUAGAAAUCCAAGCUGAAGUUGUGUUGAUGAAAUUAUGAUGUGCUCGCGACUAGGAAUUACGAUAAUCCAUUAACACCAUAAAGAAAUGUGGUGUAUGAUAUGCUCCUGAAAUUUCGUCGAAAGAGGUUUUUAUGCAAUGUCAAAAAAUUUUGGAAAAUGUGUCUAAAAUGCACAUAAUAAAGAGUCUAAAGAGCGUAAUCAAGAUUAUCAGAUCUCAUUAUAAUGAGAGUUCAUCAUAUGUGGUAUUAGCAAAUCCAUUUAUAUAUUCGAAAUCCCAUUCUGUAUGAGAUGUACUUUUAGUAUCCAGAUCUCGUAUGUGUGAAAUCGAUCUUUUCUUUGUAUACUU